AAGACCGACAUUAGACCUAAAAACAACAAAGAGAGAGUUUCGGAGCAGGAGUGCAGGACUGCAGUAGAAACCAGAGAGCAGCUUUGUUUUUCUGAGCUAGGGCUAUACGGGCAGUCGCAAAUUCGAUCUGUUCUUGCUUCUUCUCCUAAAAUUUCUCUUCACUACAGCGAUGAAAGAGCGAAGAGUCAACAAUCACAUCGAAGGAAAUGGAGGGAAGGGUUCAAAAUCAUCAUUCACAUUUAAGAAGAAGAAGAGAUUGGGAGGUGGAGGUCUACCGCUUGAAGAUUUCGCCAAUGCCAAAUCCAAGAACAGAAACUACAAUCCUGCCAUCAUUAAGAAGCAAAAGGAGUCGUAUAAAAAUGCCAAACAAGUGAGCAAGUACAAGAAAUUGCUGAAGCAACAAAGUGAAACGGGGAACAAUUUUUUGGCAGCCACAGAAUCACCAGAGGAUAACACCAGAGGUGGAGCUGAUAUAAAGAUGAAUGAGAAGAACAAGAAGAAGAAGAGCACGAAUAGUUUGGGAGAAUUGUAUGAAAAGAAGCGUGCAGAGGACGAGAAGGCAAAGAUGGAGAGAGAGGCAAUCAUCCAAGCUAAGAAGGAAGCAAGAGAAGAAGCUGAAGCUCGAAGGAAGGUAGUGAGAGAGAAGAUGUUUAAGAAGACGCGAUCAGGUCAACCUGUUAUGAAAUACAGGAUUGAGAAUCUCUUACAGACUAUUCAAGGUUCUACAGAUUAGAUGGCAUCUGCUGCCUACUGUAGCAAUUUCUAGUCCAAACUUUUCUGGAUGGUCACUAGAAAAUCCGAAUUUUGUAUUGUUUUCUGAUCCCUAUAUUGCUAUUUUAUCUGGAA